GUGGGCCAAACUUUGAUGCUUAUGGCUGAUAAUAAUAGGACAUGGUAUUGCAUUGUUACAUCCUCUGAAAUAGAGCAAUCUGGCUCAAAAAACUACAAAGACUACUUCUCAAGUGAAAACCCCAGUUUUUUGAAGGUAGAUGUUCAGCUAUUUCACUUCAAUGUCGACUCGUUACCUGUUAAGGCUGACGUUAGCAAGCUCAAAAUUUUACCUGCAUCUGUCCCACUGAGCAGAAUGUUCAAAGCGUUGGCUGAAAUCAAAAAAUCCGACUUUCGUGAUAUAAUCUUGGGUAAAAGUAUGGUCACGCGAAGUCUCGACGAAGUCAUUCCUGAUUUAGUUCAUGACAGAUCAAGAAAAUCAAAACUAGUACAGUCCAUUUUGAAAAAUCCCGUGACUAUUGUCCCCAAGGUUCAAAAUGUCACCUCUGAGGAUGCAACUUUGGAGGUGGUCAAGGAGUUGUUGGAAAAUAGGAUACAUCCUAUACUUGUGGUCAGCACAUCUAAUGUGAUAUUGGACAAGAUUGCCCAAAAAAUGCUUCCAACGUACAAAAAUUCCAUCGUGCGGAUUGUUGCUUCAACUAAGGAAUUUCAGUAUAACAGGGGGCAUAAAAUUCUGUCGGUAUGCUUACAUAAUAUGGUGUAUGAUGCAAUGUCCCCAAGGAUAAAGAGUUUCAUUAGAAAGAUGCGGGAUACGAAGAGUUCUCUAUCAUGGAGCGAGUAUCGAGAUAUGAAGUCUGCACAAAUUCCACAUUUUAGUCGAAUACUUUCCGAGAGAGACGUCAUAUUCACUACUCCCGUUAGUGCAGGCAGUCCGUAUUUUAAGGACUACACCAAGAAGCCCAUUGUUGUCAUGGACGACGCAAGUCAAUCUUCAGAGGUUUCAACCUUGAUCCCACUCCUUCUCAGUGGAGUUCUGAGAUUUGUCUUCAUUGGCGAACCGCGAGAUACAGGCACCUUUUCUCAAGUCCCAGACAUGUCAUUCUCUCACUUCCAGAAAGUGCUCAAUGGUAUGUGAGUGGGGCGAUGAGUAAGCAAAGUCGGAUUUUUUCUCGGGACGUUUUUGCAGUGUCUCUUUAUCUCCUUCAUGAAGGCAAUAUAUACCACGUAUGGAUGGAACAAAUUAUGUAACUUUUUACCAAUUAGAAGAGCAACGUAUAUUUACAUUGUGUACGUUAAUGAUGAAUCCACAUGGCUAUGAUAUUGGUUCAGGAUGGACGCGACAUCUGAUAGCAGAGACAGGAAGUCUUUGUGAAGAAACAUGUCCUGUAAACAUCACGUGCUUUCCAUUUCACAAUUAUUGGGAGCUUUACGGAACAAUUGUGUAUGAGUUGCAUUGUUUUGACAGAUCAGCCGCAAUUAAAUCGGAACUCCGGGAGCUUUCUGCAGACUCAGUCUGUGAAGGGAAACUCUAAGCGAGUAACAGGGCGAUUUCAAAUUAUAUCGAGUAGCUUACAUCCGCUGAUAUCAAGGCAAGUAUAUGGGUACUCCAAAUAUUAACGAACAAG